GGCCCAACUCCCUCAGACUGAUCCCAUCUGUUUUAUUGAGGAAAUAAAAACAAUUUGUACACGUUCAUACUGUAAUAACGCUGACCUACAAUUGUUGAUAAAAGUCGAAACCAACAACUAAACACAAAUAAGUAUUAAACUAACUCUACCAAGGCCAAAUUUACUGAUAGUGAAACAGGAAGUCCCCCUAUGGAGCCCUGCACGAUAUAAAAUGCGGUACGGCUAUAUACUAUCUGAAAUAUUACUCGGACGGUCCGAAGUCCACAGUGUGAAGGGUAGAGACUGAAGCUACAAAAAUGGUGGACUACGUGGAACUCACAAAGGAGACGCUUGUCAUGCUGUUUUCUCUGGUGUUCUACUGGCUGAAGGCAAUAGUGCAAGCAAUUUUGCCAACCAGACUGCAGGCUAAGGACAUCUCUGGCGAGACAGUACUGGUGACGGGAGCAGGAAGUGGUAUCGGCAGAUUGAUGUCCGUGCGAUUUGCAGAGUUAGGAUGUCGUAUGGUUUUAUGGGAUAUUGAUGCAAAGGGGAAUGAGGAAACAGCUCGCCAGUGUAAGGGUGUCGGGGCGUCAGCUAGAACGUACACUGUGGACCUCUGUAAGCGGGACGACAUCUACAGAGUGGCAGGCCAGGUGAAGCAGGAUAUUGGUGAUGUUGAUAUCCUAGUGAACAAUGCAGGGAUUGUCACUGGUAGAAAGUUCCUCAAAAUAUCGGACGACAUGAUCCAGAAAACGUUUGAGGUCAACACACUAGCUCAUUUUUGGAUGUGCAAAGCAUUUCUACCUGUGAUGAUGGAUCGUAACCAUGGACACAUUGUGAACGUAGCCAGUUCUGCGGGUCUGCUGGGAGUGAAUGGUCUCUGUGACUACUGUGCCAGUAAAUUUGGAGCCGUCGGCUUCGACGAGUCUCUCAGGUUUGAAUUGGAAAUGCUGGGAAAAGAUGGCGUCCACACCACAGUUGUCUGCCCUUUCUAUAUUUCCACGGGCAUGUUUGAAGGCUGUAAGACAAGAGUUCCGUGGUUGCUGCCAAUCCUCAAACCCGGAGAAGCUUCCAACAGGAUUGUAGACGCUGUCCUCUGUAACCAGAAAGUAAUCAUACUGCCGCGCGCCCUCUACUUCUUUAUGGCACUGAAAGGGAUCAUUCCCACAAAAGUGCUGUCAAUAUUGUGUCGGUACUUUGGUGCCUCCAACUCAAUGGACGACUUCAAAGGGCGCAGCGAGAAACGAGAUUAGACAGCGGGGUUUGGAUCGUUUAGUGAAAUCCAGAUAAUCUAGAGAUGACAGAAAUAAACUUUGAAGUGAAACCUGAACCAAUACACCAAGUUCUGCAAAUAUCGGACACCAUAUUUUGAUGAUUAAGCCAGGAGUGGACCAUAUAUAUAUCACCGAGGGCUGAUAUGGAUAGGAGAUUUAAUACACGGGCAGUCUAUAUACAUGUAGUCAGUUUAAAUAUGAUUUAUUACGUAUGCAAUUUAUGUGAUAUUUAACAAAGUGUAUGAUAAUACAAUGUAAUAUACGUUGUGUGUGAUUAAUAAUAUACGUUGUGUGUGAUUAAUUUACUUUGUUAUGUUGUCAGCAUGUUCAGGGAUACUAGAUAAAAAUAUUAUUGUAUUUAAGUUGAUUAGUGAAUAUUUUGUAAUAAUGACAUGCUGCAUCAAUGAUAUCAAACUUAAAUCAAAACCUUCGGGAAGUAGAGAUGUAAAUUUUGAAAUCCUGAGGCCAAUUUUUGAUGCCAAAACCUUUAGGUUGGUAUGUCUGUGCUAUGUUGUCUGUGCUUGACCUUUAACCUGACACAUUUCCCCUCCCCUCUGCUAAAAACCCAACGUAGUUAUUGAAUUAUAACCAAAUAUGAAUGUUAUUUACCAAGUUUUGUUAGAUAUUUGCAGCUAUUUCUGAUUUGAAAAAUGCAUGAUUAAAAUAUUUGAAUACCAUAAAUGCAUUGAAAGAGAGAACUUGCGAUAAACCCCGUAAGAGUAGGUUUAUUUACUUCAAAAAUUAGCUUUGAGACCUUAGUUUGAAAAGAAAAACAUGCAGGGGACAGUGUGGAUACCUGUAACAGUUAUUUCACCUGUAGGAUUGACCAAACAUUUGUUUUUGCUGGAACAAUAAAAAGUCA